UUACAGUUGACAUGAAUAAAUGUCAUUUGACGUUAAAUAUGUGAAUAAAAUUUAUUUAUAAUUAUUUCGACAAUAAUCCAAAUUGCAUUGUAUAAAAUGAGUGAAAAUGAUGGAGGGGCAUUUAAAAUAGAUCCAGUAGAGAAAAUUCAUCCAAAGGAUGCACCAUCUAAUAUUCUUACAAAAAAUUUACGUUUAUAUAACCUCAGCAAUGAUGCCAAAAAAAGACGUAAUGUGGAUGCAUUAUGGUGCUUAUAUAUUUGUUCCGUACUUGCAGCAUGUAAUGCAGAGUUGUUCACUUUUCCUUUAGAUUUGGUGAAAACAAGACUUCAAAUCCAAGGAGAGACCGCAAGUAAAGUUGGAACAGGACCUAAGAAAGGUAUGAUCGGAACGACAGCCAGUAUCGUGAAAGAGGAUGGAAUAUUUGGUUUGUGGAGAGGAGUAUCUGCGAUAUUUGCUAGGCAUUUAAUAUAUUCUGGACUAAGAAUAGCUGUAUAUAGACAAAUGAAAGAUGUAUUUAUCAAACAAUAUCCGGAACAAAAAAUAUUUCCUGUUUGGCAAGGAGCUAUUUGUGGAAUUACAGCAGGUAUGGUAGGCCAAUUUUUCGCUAGUCCUGCAGAUUUAAUAAAAGUUCAGCUACAAAUGGAAGGCAAAAGAAGAAUGUUAGGAUUGCCUGCACGAGUACACGGAUUUAGGGAUGCCUUUUACAAAAUUUAUGAACCAGGUGGAAUUAGAGGACUUUGGAAAGGAUGGGUACCAUCUGUUCAAAGAGCAGCACUGGUUACUUUUGGUGAUAUGACAACGUACGACAUUUCCAAACGGUUUAUUCAGCGACAUUCUCAACUAGAAGAUCGAUGGUUACUUCACAGUUUGUCCAGUAUGAUUGCAGGUUUUGCUGGUGCUGUUCUUUCUACUCCUGCUGAUGUAAUUAAAAGUCGAGUGAUGAACCAACCUACCGAUAAACAGGGCAAGGGAUUACUGUAUAAAGGUUCAAUAGACUGCUUUCAAAAAGCAGUAAAAGAAGAGGGUUUUUUAGCUUUGUAUAAGGGGUUCAUACCGACAUGGAUAAGAUUGGGACCGUGGGCUUUGGUAUUUUGGGUAUCAUAUGAACAAAUUAGAUCGCUUAUAGGUGGAGAGCUCUUUUGACAAGCAUUAAAUGUGUUGGAAAUAAAUUCAUUCAGUGAA